AGAUGGAGGAUGUGAGUGAAGAAGUCCCAAUGCGGGACCGCUCCCACAUUGAGAAAACCCUGAUGCUGAAUGAGGACAAGCCAACUGAUGACUACUCGGUGGUGCUGCAGCGGCUUCGAAAGAUCUACCAUUCGUCCAUCAAGCCCCUGGAGCAGUCUUACAAGUACAAUGAGCUUCGGCAGCAUGAGAUCACAGAUGGGGAAAUCACUUCCAAGCCCAUGGUGCUCUUCCUUGGACCGUGGAGUGUCGGUAAAUCAACCAUGAUAAACUACCUCCUUGCAUUGGAAAACACUCGCUACCAGCUCUAUACAGGUGCUGAGCCCACUACCUCCGAGUUCACGGUCCUCAUGCAUGGGCCCAAGCUGAAAACCAUUGAGGGCAUUGUCAUGGCUGCUGACAGCGCCCGGUCCUUCUCACCCCUUGAGAAGUUUGGUCAGAAUUUUCUGGAGAAGCUGAUAGGCAUCGAGGUCCCUCACAAACUUCUGGAGCGGGUCACUUUUGUGGAUACACCAGGCAUCAUUGAGAACCGCAAGCAGCAAGAAAGAGGUUACCCCUUCAAUGAUGUGUGCCAGUGGUUCAUCGACAGAGCCGACCUUAUCUUUGUCGUCUUUGACCCAACCAAGCUGGACGUGGGUCUGGAGCUGGAGAUGCUCUUCCGCCAGCUGAAGGGACGUGAAUCCCAGAUAAGGAUCAUCCUGAACAAGGCUGACAACCUGGCCACUCAAAUGCUUAUGCGGGUUUAUGGUGCUCUCUUUUGGAGCUUGGCCCCUCUCAUCAAUGUCACAGAGCCCCCAAGGGUUUAUGUUAGCUCGUUCUGGCCACAAGACUAUAAGCCCGACACCCACUGGGAACUGUUUCUACAGGAAGAGAUCUCCCUUCUGGAAGACCUGAACCAGGUGAUUGAGAACAGGUUGGAGAAUAAGAUUGCCUUCAUCCGCCAGCAUGCUAUUCGAGUCCGCAUCCAUGCCCUCUUGGUUGACCGCUAUCUGCAGACUUACAAGGACAAAAUGACCUUCUUCAGUGAUGGAGAACUGGUCUUUAAGGACAUUGUAGAAGAUCCUGAUAAAUUCUACAUCUUCAAGACCAUCCUGGCAAAGACCAAUGUCAGCAAAUUUGACCUUCCCAACCGUGAGGCCUACAAGGACUUCUUUGGCAUCAACCCCAUUUCUAGUUUCAAACUACUCUCCCAGCAGUGCUCCUACAUGGGAGGUUGCUUUCUGGAGAAGAUUGAGCGGGCCAUUACCCAUGAGCUUCCCAGCCUCCUGGGUAGCCUUGGGCUAGGGAAGAAUCCAGGUGCUUUCAACUGUGACAAGACAGGGUGUGGGGAAACCCCAAAGAAUCGCUAUAGGAAACACUAGAUUGUUGUGUAGCCAUUCUCAAGUUCCUAUUGGUGAACGAGCUUGUGUCCUGUCUGAGAAAUCCUGGUUUAUUAACCCUUUGAGCCACACUGGUGAGAAUUAGGCAUUGGAGAUUUGGGAGUUAAUUGAGUCCAUGGGUCAGGGGAGGAGAGUGGAAACUGUGAAUUAUGGUGUGCUCGUUUUGUUGCUUCAGCUAGGAGGCCUGACUGAGACAAGUCAGGCUACAGCUGCUUUUCCAGGCCUUCUCUUGGAGGGACAGAAUGCAGUGACAUUCUACUAUGUACUGAAUUAAUAAGGGUGAAAUAAGCUAAAAGCGGCUGAAAUUCCUUUUUCUUUACGAGCUAGGAGAGUGAAGACCUGAGUUACAGAGAGUCCUCAGGUCCAUUUUGGUUUCCUUCCACAUGCAGUCUCCUGUUUGCUCCCCAGACCUCUGCUGCCUCCAAAGUUUGGGCUGACUUUCAACAGGGGGCAGUCUCUUAGGUCUAACUCUACCUAGGUUUUCAGCCUAUCUCCAGGAUCUCUUCCCUGUUUCCUGAAGGGGUAAGGCAGUGCCUUAGGCUUCCAGACCCCUAUAAGCAGGAGAGUUCCCAGGUUAGGAUAAGAGCUGCCUCCUUCACAGCCAGUUCUCUGAUGGAGACUUCUUAGCCAGCUGGGAGCUGGACCUGUUAGCAGCUCCAAGAGGAAUGUGAGUGUUCAGUGUAUUCAGGUAACUUACUUCCUGGAAGUGACUUAAGUGAGAGUAUUAGAAGGGCUCAGAGGGUUACUUGGUUUGCAGUGUCUUUGUCUGUUGCAUGUCUUGGAAAAUUCAGAUCCCAAAGGCGUUGGGUUUCAGAGAGGAAAACAGAGGUCUUGCUCCUUUUCAUUAGGGACUUCUCUGGGCAGCCAGCCUCUCCUAAAUUUCAGAGAUUGUUUCCACACUUUCUUUUGUGGGAACACUUGGCGAAAGAAUCCUUCCUUCCCAGUUUUCACCACCAUGUCCUUUUUUCCUUUUCUUCUCCAUUCCCUGAUGCACCAAACACGGAGAAUUUAGUUUUUAUGAGUCGGAACCAGGUCCAGCUACUCUGUGCCAUUGUUAAUGAGGCUUAACAUUCAGUUUCCCACCUGAACUAGAUGCUGAUGUCCACAUCCUGUGCCCUGGGAAAGCAAGGCCUUCAAAAAUCAGUGAGUGUGAAUAUGUGUGAAUGUUGUCGGAGAGGGAUUUGGGAGAUACCACAGAUGAGAGGGCACAUAGAAGGAACUUCUUGUGGGAGACUUCUGCCUGGCUGAUAUGCACUGCCACUGUGGAGGGCAGGUUGGGGAGAGCCUGGACAGAAUCAGCAGCCUUUUGAGGAAAUGUGGAUGGGUGAGUGGUUUGUAAAAGCCCAGGGCACUUGGCUAAAGCUGCCUGGAGGGGCUCCUCUCAGCAUAGGGAGUCAGCUGUCCUGGGGACUCAACCACGGGCCUAGGUCAGGAAGUUCUGGACCAGAGGGAGAGUGAAAAUGAAGCCAAGGCAAUCUGAGAAGCAGGCAGUGUGAGCCAACUGUCUAUCAGAUUAGGGCCAUGCAGAGGCUGCAGUUUGGGAGCUCCUUUUUCCCAGAACUGUUAGUGCUCUGGUGCAUGCUGCCCAGCGGCUGCUGCUUUUGGCUUUGCAGAGGGCCUGCAACCUUCAAGAAAACCAGAGGCUCCAAAGCUUCUGGCAUACUGUUUUUAAAGGGUCAACCAGAAAAGAAAAGGGAUUGAUGUAAGGGACAGGUACGGAGCCUGGUGACCAGGGGCUGAUGAACUGGAAUCUUGGACUUUUGAACUUGGACUGAUGAACUUGAACUUGGACUUUUCUUCUAAAAAACCACCUAAAACCCUUGCCUUCUCUCUCCUUCAUUCACCUUUGUGGGGGUCUGCCCUCCCACCUCUCUUCUUAAUGUUCCUUAGUACAUAUCUGUGUUUGUCAGUGCAGUAAGGGAAGUAAAAAAUGGCAGCAGUGUAUGGGCAUUGUCACAGCUGUUGAUGUCACCCUUGCUUUGGGGAAAGUGGGUGGAAUGAGGCUAAUGAAUUCAUACAAUGUUUAUAUUUUUGGGGGGCUACAUUAUCAGUGUGCUCUUUUGUUUCUUUUCCCCUUUACACUUUUCUUCCUCCAUCUAUUUUUCUUUUCAUAUUCCUUUUCUCUUUGAAUUCUUUUUCUCUUCUCCUCACUCCUUGACUCACCUCUUCACUAACUGCCCACAGGCCUGUCAUUCAGUCAGCACAUGUACUAAGUGCCUGGUUUUGCCCAGCUCUGUGAAGGUGGAUUUCCAGCAGAAUUCUGCCUCUUUGGGAGUGGUGGGGUCUGGGGGAAAUCUAGGAUCCAGAGAUCCCCCCAAGAGGAGUAUUUGUAUUUGUGCCUGAACAGUUGCUGUUUCUCUCCAAACUGAACCUUCUAGUGUUCUUUUAAUUCUGAUUUCAUCAGGGAGAAAGUCUCAAUAAAGUUCCAAUCUCUCUUUAACACCUUGUACUUUCUGGCUGUCUCCAACCAAUUUAAUCUCUAUCUUCUUUUCAUCUAGUAGAAUGUGCUGAUUUUUUAAGCUUUUUAGGGAUAGACUGAAAAUUUAUAAAUUGUCCACUCUUUGUUUUGGAUGCUUCCGCACCUUCUUCAGCACCGUCCCUUCUGCAUGUAGCCUCCCAGGUGCUCAAAGAUGACUACUUCCCUCAGUUGGCUGUGAAAUCGAGGCCUAAUGUUGUAUGAUCUGAAACUUUAAGAAAUACUCUCUCCCCAGUGCCUGAAUUUGUCAUUGUCCCUGGCUCUUUUAAUAGGGGUUACUUGAAAUUUCUAUUCCCAGUUCAGGUACAGUUAGACCAUUUGGCUAAUGCUAUCAACCAUAUAGCUACCUACAUGAUACCCAAAGAUUCUGGUGGAGGAGGCCAGAAAGGUCUGCCCUGAGUUGUGAGGAUGGCCUCUCCCCUUGGCUUCUCCAGAAAGUGAUUACCUCAGGCACACGGUGUGGGUUUGGGCCUCCUAGCUGUACUUGUCUUUAAAGAAACUUGAACAUACCCCUUGACUGUGUGGGUUUGUGCCCCUUCCACUACACUUUGCUGUCUCCAUGUCCCCUCCAGAGCAGAACUCCUUUCAUGUUCAAGCUUUAGCUCUGGGAUCCUCCUGAGGAGUUUCACACCCUUUCCUGAGAGCACAUUUUGAAAGGGAAGGAACUGGGUGCCAGGGAGGAGAAGGGAGGUUAGAAAGAACCAAAAAGAGGAAUCUGAGACCUAAGAACUCACUCUACCAUGACGGAGCCAUGUCAAAAAGAUGCCACAUCCUCUGUUCCUAACUCAGGAGGGGCCGAGCUUAGGAUGUGUAGGGCAACGCAGUUUGCUUCUUCCCUCUCCCUUGCUCUCCUUCUGAUUAGGAGGGUCUACGGGCCAGUCUUUGAGCAGCCCAAGGCCCCUCCCUUCUCACCCAUUCCCAUACCAGGUCACCUCACCUACCCAUAUCUGCAAAUGCUGUCUCUCCAGGAUUGGGAGAAAUACAGAGCUUUUCUCUGGGUGAGACCACCAGCAGAGAAGGCAUGUUUUGAAGAUAUAAGUAUUUAAUAUGUCAGAACCUGCCUCAAAAUUGUGCUGUUUCACGAGCCUUGUGCCCUACCACCUUUGUAUUAAGUCUGCCAUUAAGAUAACAGGGAAAUAGAAACACAAAAUGGAGAAAGCAAAUGCAAAGACUACUCUAAAUAUAGCCAGACAACAUGAGGGGAAUGAGUAGUGUCCUUAAGGGUAUGUGUAUUUACUGUCAAGGAAGAUGUGUAAGGAACACAUGGAAAUGUGUGUGUGAAAUCUGAGUGAAACAGAGGUAUGUGUGUGUGAAAUGUGUGUGUAAGGAGCAUGCGAAAUGUGUGUAAGGUGUGUAUGUGAAACUUAUGUGUAAGGAGCAUGCAGAAAUGUGCGUGUAAACUGUGUGAAAUGUGUGAGUGUAUAAGGAGCAUGGAGAAAUGCACAUGUAAAGUCUGUGCGUGUGAAACGUUUGUGAGCUGUUGGCCACAUACGCCCAGGUACCUAGCACAGUGCCUAGCACCUAUGUGCCACUGAAUGAAUAAGUGGGUUGGAGGGGGAGAACAGGUGUGUGUGCAUUGUCUGUCAUGUGUAGGGAUCCAGGGGUCAGUAGGUAUAUCAGGUAGGUGUGGUUGUGAGGUAGUAAUUGUGUUAAUUGUGUGAAUGUGAGUAUGGAUUACAGAUCACGGAGCCAGUGUGUAGGCAGGUGUGUGUGGGGGGUGGUGAAGUGGGUUGUCCCAUGCAGAUUGAAGACCCAGGGAGAUCCAGUCAGGGAAGGACAUUGUAUCAGUCUCUAGGAGUUGGAUCCUUCCCAGGUGAACUGAGGAGAAAGUCUUAGAGAACUCAUAACUACUGUAUACCACUGAGUUUCUAACUAGUCCUCAACUGAUGAACAUUUAAACCAUUUCCAGUCUUUUGCUAUUAAAAAUACCACCCCAAACUGAUAGAGUUACCUAUUGUUUGCUUCCCUUCAUGGAAGAAAAAGGGGAUACAGGAAAACACGUUUCUGCUCAUUUGUGCAAAGGAAACAGAGAGGAUAAGCCAGAUGGUAAUGAGACUACCUACACGGGGUGUGGGACCAGGGUGGAAAAUGGGGACGGGGCAGGGAUGAGGGGAGUGUGACCUCCCAAGUACCCCUUUUUUGCACAGGUCUGACUGUUGGAGCCAUAGUAGUGUUUCACAUACCGCCCAAAAUAAAUAAUUGACUCCCGUAGAGUGUGCAGGAGCACAAAAUGAAGCACAAACAGUAACAAACGUGCACACUGUAUUCGGAAGAACACAGCCACCCCGAGGGGAUGGGGAAGAAGAGCACUAACCUAAGAAAACUUGGGGAAACAGCACUCUGACUGCACUGCAUUGUCAGUAUUAUAAAGCUCUCCUCAAGAACUUCACACAGUUACUGUACUCUAGUUAGUAAGUUUGUUUUUCAAAGGGGAUGGGUUAGCAAUUCUGAGAUGACUUUAUGUAUAUACUUGGACCCAGCAAAUACGUGUAUUGUUGAUAACAAGAGUCAGGUUUCUCACUGUUGAACAAAGAGUUACAAAUAAGAAAAGGGGAGACUGGAAUUACAGGUAUCCGUAUGAACUCAGGAUUAGAAAUUCAAGCUGGAUUCAGAAGAGGAUAUGGAACCAGGGUAUCACUGCUGAUGUCAGAUGCAUUCUGGCUGAAAGCAGAGAAUACCAGAAAGAUGUUUAUCUGUGUUUUAUUGACUAUGCAAAGGCAUUUGACCGUGUGGAUCGUAACAAAUUAAGGAUAACAUUGUGAAAAAUGGGAAUUCCAGAACACUUAAUUGGGCUCAUGUGGAAACUGUACAUAGAUCAAGAGGCAGUUGUUCCAGUGGAACAAAGGGAUACUGCAUGGUUUAAAGUCAGGAAAGGUGUGUGUCAGGGUUGUACCCUUUCACCGCACUGGGACUGGGUUAAUCAAUCUGUAUGCUGAGCAGAUGAUCCAAGAAGCUGGGCUAUAUGAAGAAGAGCGUGGCAUAAGAGAUGGAGGAAGACCCAUUAACAACCUGGUUAUGCAGAAGACAUAACCUUGCUUGCUGAAAGUGAGAACUUACUAAUGAAGAUCAAAGACCACAGCCUUCAGUAUGGAUUACACCACAACAUAAAGAAAAUAAAAAUACAGCUGGACCAAUACUCAACAUCAAGAUAAACAGGGAAAAGAUUGAAGUUGUCAAGGAUUUCAUUUUACUUGCAUCCACAAUCAACACCCAUGGAAAGAGCAGUCAAGAAAUCAAGGGACGCAUUGCACUGGAGAAAUCUGCUGAAGAAGACUUCUUUAAAGUGUUGAAAAGCAAAGAUGUCACCUUGAAGACUAAGGUGCACCUAACCCAUGCCAUGGUGUUUGCAAUUGCCUCAUAUCCAUGUGAAAGGUGGAUGACGAAUAAGGAAGACAGAAGAAAAACUAAUGCAUUUGAAUUGUGGUGCAGGCAAAGAAUACUGAAUAUACCAUGGACUGCCAAAAGAACGAACAAACCUGUCUUGGAAGAAGUACAACCAGAAUGCUCCUUAGAAGCAAGGAUGGAGAGACUAUGUCUCACAUAAUUUGGACAUGUUAUCAGGAAGGAUCAGUCCCUGGAGAAGGACAUCAUGAUUGGUAAAGUAGAGGGUCAGUGAAAAAGAGGAAGACCCUCAAUGAGAUGGAUUGACACAGUGGGUGCAACAAUAGGCUUAAGCAUAACAAUGAUUGUGAGGAUGGCGCAGGCGCGGGCAGUGUUUUGUUCUGUUGUACAUAAGGUCACUAUGAGUCGGAACCGACUUGAUGGCACCUAACAGCAACAACAGAUAGAUAAAUGACAACAAUAAAAAGUCAAACCCGUUGGCAAAAAGUUGAUUCCAACUCACAGCGACCCUAUAGGACAGAGAAGAACUGCCCCAUAGGGUUUCCAAGGCUGUAAUCUUUAUAGAAUCAGACUGCCACAUUUUUCUUCCACGGAUUGACUAUUGGGUUCGAUUUGCCGACCUUUCGGUUAUCAGCCAACUGCUUUAACCACUGUACCACCAGGGCUCCCUUAGAUAGAUGUAUAUAGA